CGCGUGUGUUUGGAGGGAAGCAGACUGGUAUCUUAUACAUUUCUUAAUUUCUUUCAGUUGUCGCAAGUCACGCCAAGUAAAAUUAAAAAAAUAUGUCGUCAACAGAUAUAGCAAUGGAGUCGAGUGUCGAGCUCGAGAGCGCGCCCGCGACCGGCCUCAUACCAAUCGGUAUUACUAACUCGAACAAUGUGUUAAAGAAACUAACCCACACCAACGCCAGCGGCGGUGGCACGGCAUCUCCUGGCCCUGGCGAUGCAAGUGGUAAUGCAGACGAGAUGACUUCGAGGGACUAUUAUUUUGACUCGUACGCUCAUUUCGGCAUCCACGAAGAAAUGCUUAAAGACGAAGUCCGGACCGUCACAUACCGUAACGCAAUGUACCAUAACAAGCAUCUUUUCCACGGAAAGACCGUUUUAGAUGUUGGAUGCGGUACUGGAAUACUAUCCAUGUUCGCUGCUAAGGCCGGAGCCGCCAAAGUUAUUGCUGUUGACUGCUCCAAUAUAAUAGAGUUCGCUCGACAAGUGAUUAUUGACAACAAUUUGCAAGACGUAAUUACAGUAGUCAAAGGGAAAAUCGAGGAGAUUGAACUUCCAAAUGGUGUCGAAAAAGUGGACAUUAUUAUUUCAGAAUGGAUGGGGUACUGCCUAUUUUAUGAGUCAAUGCUGGACACGGUGUUGUAUGCGCGCGAUAGAUGGCUAAAGCCGAAUGGUAUGAUGUUUCCUGACAGAGGCACACUCUAUAUCACAGCUAUUGAAGAUCGCCAGUAUAAAGACGAGAAAAUUAAUUGGUGGGAUGAUGUGUAUGGCUUUGAUAUGAGUUGUAUACGCAAGGUGGCGGUUACCGAACCACUCGUUGAUGUUGUGGACCCAAAGCAAGUGGUUUCCACGGCGUGCAUGGUAAAGGAGGUGGAUUUGUACACAGUGCAAAAAGCCGAUUUGAACUUCUCUUCAAAAUUUAAUCUUACUAUCAAGCGUAAUGAUUUUGUGCAAGCUUUGGUCACAUACUUUAACAUUGAAUUCACCAAGUGUCACAAACGUCUUGGAUUCAGCACUUCCCCUGAUUCCACAUAUACACAUUGGAAGCAGACUGUCUUCUAUUUGGAUGAUCACAUAACUGCCAAGAAAAAUGAAGAAAUUAAUGGAACGUUUCAAAUGAAGCCAAAUGAACGCAACAAUCGAGACUUAGAUUUUGUCAUCGAUAUCAAUUUCAAGGGCGAGUUAUCUGAAAUUCAAGAAUCAAAUACAUACCGCAUGCGCUAGAGUAACGCCAUUUUACCAAUGUGGCCUUAAGGCUACUUGCCUUCUUUAGACAGAGGGAAUUUAAUGAUGACUAGACGUAAGAUAUAAUCCAGUGCGAAAUGUGCAACGAAUUUGUGUUGCGUCUUCAACUAAGUUUAAAGUGUACCUUUUUAGUAUACAUUAUAUUUUUACAAGUGUGCGCCUGUUUAAAUUAUGAUUCAAGAAUACUUCUAAGAAAAUUGUACAGUGGCACAUUAAGUCUCACAUAAACAAAAUAAAGUGUGCGGUAAGCACACAAUUUUACUGGA